CGUUAAUUAACAGACCAUUGCUGCAUACAAAAUCAGUUGAAUACGAGAUAACAAACCUUAAACAGAGAUAUUACGCUUUAUUUAAUUUCGAUUUGCAAGGAAAUUUAGAAAAUUGUGUGCAAUAUUCCAUUCCAUUUAAUCUAUAACAAUAAAAAAUUACAUAAUUUUUAUUAAUAAAAAAUAAAGAAAACAACUACCAAUCAAUUCUUUUAAUAGAAGCAAAUUAAAGAAAAAUCUACGCAGAUACACACACAAAAUAAAAACCAAUUUAACAACAAAACAUCCUCAUAAAGGAUUCUGUGGAUACACAUACCGUUGGAAAAACGAAACUCAGUACCCAUCAGCGUAUACUUGACACACACUCACACGCAUCCAGCUGCCACUGUAACAACUGCAACAUCCCCGUUAAUUUAUCUCCUAUCGAAAAGAGUGAGAAAACUGCAAAGUGAGAGAGAGGGAACAGCUUUUCAACAAGAGAGUGAGAACUAAGUUCGCCAAAAGCACUGCAACAUCUCUGUAACAAUGGCUGAUGUUAUGAACAACGGUACUUCUCUCAUGGAUGCUGGAGUUCCUGUUCCAGCCCCGGCCCAAGCAACAGAGACUCCACUGCUAAUUUUGGAUGAUACGCAAAAUGUUAAGGAACAGCAACAACAGCAGCAAAAACAGGAACCCCAACAAAUGCAGGAGCAACAAAAAUCAAUUCAAAUACAGGAUAAUUUAAAGCAGGACCUCGAGAAUAAUAAGAAGGAACAGGAUGUUAAGAAGGAACAAAAUAAUGUAGAGCAACAGCAGCAGCAAUCCAAACAACCACCAAAUUUGGAUACCAAACCACAGGAACAUCCACAACAACAAAAACAACAACAGGAAAUAACUCAAAAACAAAAUUCAGAAACAAAACAACAACAACAAAGUCAGCCACAACAAUUGGAACUUAAAGGUACGUAAACACAUAAUAUUCCACAAAGGGUAAGCAGAUUACAAAUAAAAUAAAAUUGAAACAAAAAUUAAAUAUG